GUUCCACACUGCCUACUCUCACUCGAUAAUUCUGCAGCGCAGCACAAACUUCUUUUGGCUCCCGACAUACAUUUGGUUCUGCCUCAGGAUUAAUAUGGACCUGGGGCAGGACUUUCUCAGCCGCAUUGCGGUUCCAGCUGUGCCCGUCCACCUGUCGGGACAUGAGCGUCAGCGCUAGUUCCGGACCACCUGCGCGCGCGUCUCGUCUGUCCCUCAGCUGUCAGCGCCAGUGGACCCCCUUCACUCUCUCUGGUGUUUCCUCUGUCGGGAUUCUCGUGCUCUUUCUUCAGUGGUUCUGGCGUCAUCAUGGUCCACCUGAAGUGUGCACAGGUAUCGGGUCAAAGGUGAGACGUCAUCCGGAUCAUUUGCGAAGAACUUGGCAUUCAUCAUGGGGAACACCGGGGGAAACAUGGAGCCCCCUCCACCCAAGGACAUCCAGAAAGUCUACUCGGCCCCUCCAGGGAGCGCAGCCCCCCAGAAACAGCAUUCGGGCUCCAAGCUUCCCCUGCCCCCGGAGGAGGAGCUGGAGGAGCGUUUCCGAGCCGUGCUGAACACCAUGAAUCUUCCUCCAGAUAAGAUCCAAAUCCUCACUCUGUAUGACAACGAGAAGAAGUGGGAUCUGAUCUGUGACCAGGAGAGGUUCCAGGUGAAGAAUCCUCCGGCCACAUAUCUGGAUAAACUGAGGAGCCACCUGGACCACGGUGUGGGUAGAAAGUUUAAGAGACGCGUCCAGGAGUCAAGUCAGGUUCUGAGGGAGCUGGAGAUCUCACUGAGGACCAACCACAUCGGGUGGGCUCAGGAGUUCCUCAAUGAAGAGAACCAGGGUCUGGACGUCCUGGUAGAGUAUCUGUCGGUGGCCCACCUCUCCGUCACGAUGGACGGUGAGAGUCUGGACGACAACACGCCACCGACCGAGAGGAGUAAGACCCUGGAGAGUUCCAUGGAGGAACUCAACAAAACUUCCCGUGGCUCACCGGCUCAUGGCUCAUCUAAGAGCAGCAAGACCUUCCCCAGCAGGAAGGUGGUCAGAAGUUCUCGAGUGGCGAGCCAGAAGGACGACGUCCAUCUCUGCAUCAUGUGCUUACGCGUCAUCAUGAACUAUCAGUCAGGGUUCAACCAGGUGAUGAAACAUCCCAGAUGUGUGAACGAGAUCACACUCAGCCUCAACAACCGGAGCCCGAGGACCAAAGCCUUAGUUCUGGAGCUUCUUGCAGCCGUGUGUUUGGUGCGAGGAGGUCAUGACAUCAUCCUGUCCGCGUUCGACAACUUCAAGGAGGUCUGUGGUGAAAGAAGUCGGUUUGAGAGGUUGAUGGAGUUUUUCUGCCACGACGAUAACAACAUCGAUUUCAUGGUGGCGUGCAUGCAAUUCAUCAACAUUGUGGUCCACUCGGUGGAGGACCUGAACUUCAGGGUCCACCUGCAGUACCAGUUCUCUGCUUUGGGCCUGGACAGGUACUUGGAGAGGCUGAAGUUCAUGGAGAGUGAGCGACUACUGGUCCAGAUCCAAGCUUAUCUGGACAACGUGUUUGACGUAGGAGCCUUGGUGGAGGAUGCAGAGACCAAGAGCGCCCUGGAGGAACAUCUGGAGGAGGUCCAACAGAACCACACAGAGUUGGCUUGUCGGCUACAGGAGAGCGAACGAGAGGCGACGGAUAAAAUCUGUGACCUGGAGAAGAAACUGAUGCAGAGCAUGAAGGACGUGGAGCUGCUGAAGGAGAGUCUCCGGGAAUCCUGCGCACAGGUGUCUCUCUUCCAGCAGAGGGAGCUCGAGAGAGAGCAGGAGCGGGCGAAUGAGAAAGAGCAAGAGAGGAAGAGGGGGCUAGCGAUGGAGGCACUUAAGGAGAUGGAGGCCAAAGUUCAAGCCCUGGUUGAUCAGGGUUUGAUCCACAUGGAGCGAUCCGAAACUGGACUCCUGCACUUGCAAGUGGUCCAGAAAGCAGGUGAAAGUUCUGAAUCUUCAGACUCUCCACAUGAAGCAGCUGAGGUCAUUGAGAGGCCACCUUCUCCUUCAGUGGUCUCAGCUGAAGCGUUGUCAUCUCCGCCACCGGAGGCUUCUGCUGAUCCCCCGCCUCCCCCACCACCUCCGCCACCCACAGCUCCACCUCCCCCUCCUCCUCCAAUAGGUUUGACAUCCACAGAUGGCACCUCAGGUUCCAGACAGAAGAAGCCGAUACAGACCAAGUACCGUCUGCCAAUCUUCAACUGGCAGCCACUUGGGUCCAGUCAGGUGGCUGGAACCAUUUUCGACCAACUGGACGACCAACGUGUUCUGGAGGAGCUGAACAUGGACAUGUUUGAAGAGAUCUUUAAGACCCAGGCCCAGUCCAGUCCAGUAGAGGUUGGAACCCUCCGGAUGAAACUGACCCACAAGUCCCCAAGCAAGGUCUCAUUGAUGGAACCAAACAGAGCUAAGAACCUGGCCAUCACUCUGAGGAAAGAGGGCAUCUCUGCUGCAGACAUCUGCAGCGCCAUUGAAAUGUAUAACCAGAAGACCCUCAGUCUAGACUUCCUGGAGCUGCUUGAGCGGUUCAUCCCAUCAGACCAGGAGCUGAAGAUGAUCCAGGACUAUGAGAGUCGCGGUCGAGCACUGACCGAGCUCAGCGAGGAGGAGCGCUUCAUGGUCCGCUUCAGUAAAAUCCCUCGACUCCCCCAGAGAAUCCGCACGCUGACCUUCAUGGGGAACUUUCCUGAGAGUGUGAAGAUCCUGCAGCCGCAACUAGAUGCCAUCAUCACUGCUUCCAUGUCCAUCAAGUCUUCAAGCAAACUGAAGAAAGUUCUGGAGAUCAUCUUGGCGUUCGGGAACUACAUGAACAGCAGCAAACGCGGCUCUGCGUUCGGGUUUCGCCUGCAAAGUCUGGACCUGCUGCUGGAGACCAAGUCCACCGACCGGCAACAGACCCUUCUGCACUACAUGGUGGAUGUCAUCCAGGACAAAUACCCACAGGUUCAAGACUUCUACUCAGAACUGCACUUCCUGGACAAAGCUGCCAUGGUGUCUCUGGACAGUGUCCAGCAGGAUCUGCGGGCUCUGGAACGUGGUAUGGAAGUGAGCCGGAGAGAGUUCUGUAUUGAAAGCCAGAACCCAGUUCUAGAGACCUUCCUCAGGACUAACGCUGAGCUUCUGCACACUCUGACUGCUGAUGGAAAAACAGCACAGGAAUCGUACGAGUCUGCAGUAGAGUAUUUUGGGGAGAACUCCAAAACCACUGCUCCCUCCAUGUUCUUCCCCGUGUUAGUGCGCUUCAUUAAAGCCUACAAGAGAGCGGAGAUGGAAAAUGAGCAAAAGAGCCGACAUCAGCAAAAGUCUGGUCCCACAAUGAUCCCGCCCACCUCUGAGGUCACAAAGGUCAAUUUCUCCUCUGAAUAUUUGAUGAGGCAGAUGUUUUGCCUCAAUCCAUUCCCUCCAUGUCUGUUAAUACAAACGUGGUGGUCCCAGGUCCCAGUGCCAACCAGACUUCCUCAUGUGGACCUAAUAGCGGAGCUAAAGAGGAGACAGGUGACUCCUCAGGUCAGAGAGGGAAAGGAUGGUGCCAUUGAGGACAUAAUCACUGAUUUGAGGAACCAGCCAUACAGACGAGCAGACGGGGGUCGCCGCAGUGCCCGCUGGAGACCUGGACAGCAGUUGCAGGUUUCGUCCGACAUCUCGCUGUAAUCUGUUACCAAGGUGACGUAGCAGAGGGGCUGUAAACAAGUGCUACCACAACGGGACUCAUGGUAGUACUACAUUGAGAAAGAUUUGCGAGAGUACCCGUGAAAUAAUCUCGAGAGUUAAAAAAUCGAUAAAUAAGAAUCACGUUUGACGGUUGGUAUUAGAAUAUUUGUAAAUUAUUUGUAUUAAUGUAAGCAACUAUUCUACAAAAUAAAACAUUUUAUACUACUAUAUGAAACUGUGCACUUUGUUUUGGGAAGGGUCCAAGGUACUUCUGUACAGUGGUACCGCCUUAAGCUAUCAUCCCGUCACAAAAUUACU